AUCCUUUACGAGUGAGUAAUUAGUUCAUUAUAAGAUGUUUCUGAUAAUUUUCAUAAGUUUUGAUUUUUCUUAUGAGCCUAUGUAAUUUGUAGAAAUAUUUUUCUCCAAAAAAGGAUCUGCACAAAAUUUUAAACCAUGCAACUAGGGUUUUUUUUUCGUACGUUAUUUGACGUGUGAGCACAUGCGCGAUAACCUACAAUUCAUAGCAGCCAUUUAUUGUUGACCAUUUUUCGAAGUUUCUUUAAAGCGAUUUCAGUAGCAGGUAAAAUUUCCAUAAUUGUAGGAAAAGAAAGAGAAUACUCUUGUGAAAAUCAAAUGAAAUCCAUUAUGACUGACUCAAUGAAUUUUGGUCCUGAUUGGAUUCGUAACCUUUCUUCUGAAGGAACAACCACUGGAAAUAACAGUGGAGGAAAGAAUUAUCAGUUGGCUGAUUAUCGAUAUGGUAGAGAGGAGAUGUUGGCCUUAUUUGAUAAAACUUUGAAACCACCAGAGUCAUUGAUGAGUUUCAAAACUCUCUAUUCAGAAACAACACUCUUUCCGCUUGCACUUGGACCUAGUACAGAGGAAGAGCAGAGAGGAUGGCAAUCAAGGCCAAGUUCUUUAGCUGGUCCUAUAAGAGGUCGAGGAGGUCCUAUGGACAGAGGUGGUAGGGUUAGUAGAGGAGGUAGGGGCGGAUAUCAAAAUUACGGAAGGCCAGCAACAACAUACGAUGGGGGGUGGGGCACAAGUGGUGAAACCACUGAGUGGAGCCCCAGGAAAGAAUUCAAUACAAGAGGAAAUGAUAAUUGGAGACGAAAUAGGUUAAAUGAAGAUGAUGAUGGCUGGAGGAAUUUAAAUCAUGGCAGACCAGCACAUGACAAAUGGGGGAGAUCAAGUUGGAGAGGAGGAGAUGGGGAACCAGAAGAAAGAAUUGAAAGGCACGGUGGGGGCCCAGAUGGCCGACCAAAUCGUAUGGGUUGGAACGAAGGAACUAGGACAAACCACAUGAGGAGAUCUUGGGACGAGGAUCAUUUACCGGAAUGGGCUAUGGAAAAUGUUGACGGUGGGGGUACUUUUGACUCCACCGGGGCUUUCCACAACUCAGACGAAGAACAGGGUGAAGGAAAAUCAGUCGCAAGAAAAGAAACAGUAUUACAAAAGUCAAGCUCCCAACAACAUAUUACGCCAAACAAAGGAUAUUUCUCUGCGUUACAGACUUCCAAAUCUGUAGCAUCUCUGUCGAAAACCCAACAGGAUAACAAUUGUGUUGCGAAGGAUAAAAACUCGGAAAGGGACAAAGAAACAGCAACGGAAGUGAAGAAAGUAUCGGAACCAAACAAACAACCUCAGUUGCAGAAAAAUAAGAGCGAAGAGGAACAGGAACACAGAAAGGAAAAGAUGAGAGAAGCUUCCAGUAAACAGAAAGUCUCAGGUACCAGUGAAAAUUCCAGAGAAACAAAUUCAGCACCUAUUCCCAGUUCGAUGACCAACAAGGAUUCUAGGGUGGAGGAUGAUUUCAAAAUACAGGAAGACAGCAUAAUAAAACUGGUGGAUGACGAUUCUCCCAAAUCUCAAACGAUGAAAACGACAGAACAGGGCAAUUCUUCUAAUAUUCAACCUCCACCGAACUUGGCGCCUCCUUUGCAAGACCAGUGGUACUACGAGGAUCCACAGGGGCUGAUGCAGGGGCCUUUCUCGAGUGCUGAAAUGGCAGAGUGGUAUAAGGCGGGUUACUUCAAUAGUCAGCUCAAAGUGAGGCGCCCUUGCGACGAAUUGUUCUACAUGUUGGGAGAGCUUGUUGUCCUUUGCGAUGGCGCAAAUCCGUUUUUGGGUACCAAACGGUUCGUACAUCUGAAGCCCGACCCAACCGCUAUGCCGGAACAUGACUUAUUACAAUAUCAGUAUCUGAUGGCUCUCAGGCAGGCCCAAACCAGGCCGGUCUUACCAGAACCCUGGAGCACUUUAACCCUACAGCAACAGCAGGAAGUUGCUGCCCAAAGACUGAUCAUGCAUCCACAAGUGCCCCAGGAAAUCCCAUACAUUCAUCAUCAACCCAACCCACCAAAUCCAUUAAUGCACAUAAUUAAUCAAAUGCAACAAGCAAACAAGCUUCCUAACCAAACUUUAGCAGAUAAGGCACAAACAGCUAUUCCCAAUCAGCUCGAUCCCAGAUUGGUACAACUUUCCAACCUUCACCAACUACAGAAUAGAUUACCUCCCUCAAGUGCCAUACCCAAUCCGUUGGCCUCCAGGUUGCCUGGACUCUCGGCCGACGGCCUGAACCUGCCCGGGGUCCUGGGGGCCCAUCCACUAGGUCUGACGCCGGGGAUGGGGCCCAAUCUGGGCAAUUCGUUGAACCUGCAGAGGCAGAUGUCGCAUAACACGGUUGUUGAGAAUCUGGUUCCCAAACCACCCGAAGACGCCAUCGGUAAUCUUCUCAAACAUCUACACCAGCAGAAGCAGCAGCAACAGCAGGCGGCCAGCGUUUCUCUUGACACUCUCUGGCAAAGUAGUCAAUACGCUGUUCCCCAGUCUUUACCUACACCUCAGUGGCAACAAGAACCUUCCCUUUCGAUGUGGGACAUCAACAAACUUCCAGAAAUACCCACAACGCAGCACCAACAACCACAACAACAACCUCCGGUAAAUAUGCAGGAAACCAUUCCUCCCACGAAGAAUGUAGAGAAAGAAAAGUCCCAACAGAAGGCGCAAGACAAAAGGGACGAAAUGACACCUAAAGAACUGAAAAAGAAGAAGGAACAAGAAGAGAAACAAGCGAAGAAAGAGGCGGAAGAAAAAAGGAAGAACGAACAGAGAAAGUUAGAGGCAGAAAAACGGGCAGCCGAAGAGAAAAAGAAGAAGGAAGAGGAGAAGAUAAAGAAAGAAAUGGAGAAGGCGAAAAAGGAAGCUGAAGAAAAGAGGCUCAGGGAACUGGAGGAGAAGCGGAAGCUGAAGGAACAGAGGAAAGCGGAGGAAGAGGCUAAGAAAAAGACGGAGGAACAGAAGAAAGCAGAUGAAGAGAGGGCGAAGAAAGAAGCGAGGGAACGAGAGGAGUACGCAAAGAAGGAAGCGGCUAGGUUGGCUCAGGAGCAGGCUAUCCGUAACGCCAAAAUUGCACCCUGGUGUCAAUCUUCCUCGUCCCAAGGUCUCAGCCUCCAAGAGAUACAGAAAUUGGAGAAGGAGAAGGCUAGGCAGGAAGCGUUGAUCCUGCAACAGCAGAGGCAGAUGCAGGAGCUUCAGCAGCAGCAGGAGAAAGCGGCGGCGAGCUUUACAUGGGCCGCUAAGGCCAAGGAGCAGCGCCAGGUCAAGUCUCUGGCCGAGAUUCAGGCAGAGGAGCAGGAACGAUUGGCCAAGCAAGCAGCAGAAGCCAAACUGUUGGCUAUGCAAAAGGAAAAGGAACAACCACCUGUGCACAACACCGGCAAUAUUUGGCAUACCCAAAAUCUUUCCUGGUCUACUAAUGUAUCGUCUACAUGGUCGUACAAUAAUAAUAAUACGUCAAAUUCGGGUUUAUGGGAAGAAGUUUCCGGAAAACCAGCACCUAACACUAAUAAACCGUCCAACAAUUCCAAAGGAAGUGCUUCAACCACUAAACCUCAACAACAGACCAAUCAGCAGCAGUCUCAGAAGGCCAAGUCUAAGAGCAAAAAGGAGGAAUCCAAUCAGUCGAAGAAUGGUGCCACCAAUUCGGUGGACGAGUUCACGAAUUGGUGCACCAAGGCUUUGUCUAAUAUUACCGCCGAAAUUGAUAUUCCAACAUUCGUUACGUUCUUGAAGGAUAUUGAGUCCGCAAUGGAUGUGAGGGAUUAUUGUAAAGAAUACUUAGGCGACAAUCCCCAGACCCUUCAGUUUGCGGCUCAUUUUCUGGAAAAGCGAAGAUCCUUCAGGCCGAAAAAUCAAGCACCAAAGGAUGACAUGUGUUCUCCGGCUUCUGCAAUAAACCCGUCUUCUGUACAUAGUAAUGAAUUCCAGGAGGUUAAGGGUAAAAAUAAGAAAAACAAGAAGAAUAAAAUGUUAAAAGUGGAUAGUAGAAUCCUAGGAUUUAAUGUGACUUCUGCUCCUGACCGAAUAAACGUGGGUGAUAGAGAUUAUGGUGAUAAUUCGUAAAUGUAUUUGUUCACCAAGAAAAAAUUGUUAAAGUUGUACCUUUAUAUAUACAUAUAUUUCCUUUUAAAAAAAUCUUGUUUACUUAUUGCUUAUUUAUGUCUAAAAAUUACAAUCCUGUUUUACUAUUUUACUGUUUAAAUAUUGAUUUUAUAAAAAUAUUUUUAUUUAUAGGCAUAUUGUUGACUUACUAAAGUAAGUCUUUCAUGAGGAGUCAAAUUGAAAUGCCAUUUAUUGAGACUAAAUAUAGUAUUUUUACAUCAAA